CGAGGGCCUGGGAACCAGAGUAGGAGCAGAACCGGGAGCCGCCACCGCCACCAUGAACGUGGUGUUGGCUGUCAAGCAGUAUGUGUCCAAGAUGAUCGAGGAGAGCGGGCCCGGCAUGAAGGUGCUGCUGAUGGACAAGGAGACGUCCACAAUACAGGCUCCUUUCAGAAUCAGGUUUAUAAUCGCUCACGUGUGCCAAAUCGGCAGCAGUACAGUGCAUACAUAAAAGCUGUACAUGAGACUUGAGUUGACUCACCCAGCACCAGCGGAUCCACCUGCCGAGCAGCAUCGCAGGGACCACGGACGGCACCCAGUGCGGACUCAGCAAAGCUAGAAAUAUCUUCAGAUCAGUGACUGACAUCUGGGUAUCAGCCAAGUACAGAGUCCGCACCAGCUCUCUGUUCCGUCCACACUCUUGUACAGGUCAGAACGCUGGCGCAUGACAGAGAACGACCUUGUCAAGCUGUCAUCAUUUCCCACCGUGAGCCUGCGGAAUAUGCUCUGUACUUCCUGGCCAAUAAAGUUCUCUGGCCACACCCUACUCUUCACUGUCACCCAAGAGGACAUGGCCACAACCAUCAGAAGGGCCAUUGUUGGGAGUAGGCCAGUGACGAGAGUAGGAGUGUUAGGAUUUGGCUCAAAGGAGGAUUCGGCUUGAAAGAGGCGUUGGCUCUGGACCAGCAUCAUCAGCAUGGUGUACAGCCAGUCGGAGAUCCUGCAGAAGGAGGUGUACCUCUUCGAGCGCAUCGACUCCACCAACAGGGAGACAAUGAAACAUCUGAAGGCCAUCUGCUUCCUGCGGCCCACCAGGGUGAAUGUGGAACUGCUGAUGAAGGAGUUACGCAGACCCAAGUAUGGCCAGUUCUUCAUCUACUUCAGUAACGUGAUCAGCAAGGCCGACAUCAAGGAUCUGGCAGAAGCAGACGAGAACGAGGUGGUCUCUGAAGUCCAGGAGUUUUAUGGAGAUUUUAUCGCUGUCAGCCCUCACGUGUUUUCCUUCAACCUCACUGGCUGCUCUGAGGGAUGGAACUGGAACUUCCCGGCCAUGGUCCGGAGCACAGAGGGACUGACUGCCGUUCUCCUGUCCCUGAAGAAAUGCCCCAUGAUCCGUUUCCAGGCUUCCUCGGACAUGGCCAAACGGCUGGCAGCCUCUGUCAAGCAAGUCAUUACCAGGGAGUAUGAGCUCUUCGACUUCCGCAGGACAGAGGUCCCCCCGCUGCUGCUCAUCUUGGAUCGAAGCAGUGACCCCAUCACCCCUCUCCUCAACCAGUGGUCGUACCAGGCGAUGGUUCAUGAGCUGCUGGGGAUCAGUAACAAUCGCAUCGACCUGUCCCGGGUGCCAGGCAUCAGCAAAGACCUGAAGGAGGUGGUGCUUUCUGCCGACAGCGAUGAGUUCUAUGCCAACAACAUGUACCUGAACUUUGGUGAGAUUGGCUGCAACAUCAAGAACCUGAUGGAGGACUUCCAGAAGAAGAAACCCAAACGACAGCAGAAACUGGAGUCCAUCGCUGACAUGAAGGCUUUUGUUGAGAACUACCCUCAGUUCAAGAAGAUGUCCGGCACGGUGGCCAAGCACAUAACGGUGGUGGGCGAACUGUCGAGGCUGGUGGCAGAACGCAACUUGAUGGCCGUGUCAGAGGUCGAGCAGGAGCUGGCCUGCCAGAAUCACCACUCCAAGGCCCUACAGAACGUGAAGAGGUUGCUCGAGGACCCGAUGCUGACAGACCUGGAUGUCACGAGGCUGGUGAUGUUGUACGCACUGCGCUACGAGAAACAUCAGGACAAGAACCUCAGCUCACUCCUACAAACCAUGAGCCACCGACGCAUCUCAGAAACAUACAGACAGUUGGUGACGGGAAUCGUGGAAUAUGGGAGGAUAAAGGUCAGCGGUGACGACCUUGUGACACCCAAGGAUGCAGUUGCCUUCACAAAACAAUUCUUCAAAGGAUUUAAGGGCAUUGAAAAUGUAUACACCCAGCACCAGCCCAGACUUCACGACACUCUGGACCAACUUCUGAAGGGGAAACUGAAGAGCAAUGACUACCCCUUCCUGGGGAACACCGUCCUGCGGGACCGGCCCCAGGACGUGGUGGUAUUCCUGAUUGGUGGCGCAACGUACGAGGAGGCGCAGACGGUGUACAACCUGAAUCGGACCAACCCGGGAGUGAGAAUCGUGCUGGGAGGGACCACCAUACACAACACCAAGAGCUUCCUGGAGGAACUGGUGUCUGCUGGCUUCCACAACCGCGGGACAGGAAAGCUGGAUGAAAUGACUCGCUCAUCUCGCUGGUGAAACCGUCGCCGAUGCUUCAUCACCGAGUUCCGUUCCCCGCGGCCGUGAAACACUUGAUCUGCACUUUGCCUGUACACUCAAUACAAACGUUAACUCUC